AUGAAUUUGAAAAUCGAAACUGAAACUGACGUAAAGGUCCCAGGUACAAUUCAUUUGAUUGACGUUGAGGGUAACUUGGAUGUUGCACAUGAAGCAGGAGAUGAUAUAGUUCUUGUUCCUCAACCCACCCUGAAUCCAGAGGAUCCUUUAAAUUGGAGUAAGUCAAGAAAGUACCGGGUUGCAAUAUGUUUAUUAUUGGCAGUAUUUGCUGCAGAUAUUCUUACCACUGCCUUAUCUGCCGUUUUGCUUGUCAUUGAAGAUGAUACCGGUAUUCCUCUUGGUGUUUUAAACUCUGGGGUAGGGGUUCAAUAUUUAUUUUUUGGUUGGUCUAAUUUACUUUGGCAACCUCUUGGUUUAACUUAUGGAAGAAGACCAGUAUUGUUGUUUAGUCUACUAGCUUGCAUGUUGUGUUCGGUAUGGACAAGUUAUGUUAAGAGUUCAGGAGAGUGGUAUGUGAAUAGGUUUCUUUGUGGUUUUUUCUAUGGACCUAUAGAAACUCUUAUUGAAGUUUGCAUUGCUGAUAUAUUCUUUCUUCAUGAAAGAGGUGCUUGGAUUGCCUGGUACUGUUUUAUGCUUUUUAGUAUUCCAUUUGCUAGUGGUAUCGCAGCUGGGUUUAUUUCUGAUAGAUAUGGUUGGCAAUGGAUUCAGUUUAUUGCUGCUAUAAUCACAGCAGUGAUUUUAGUAAUUUUAUUCUUCUUUCUAGAAGAAACUAUGUUUUAUCGUGACAAUAUACUCGAACAAGAUCCAAUAGAACAAGUCAAGAGCUCAGACCGAAUUAUCGAUUCGAAAAAAAAUGAUACUAAAGUUAAUGUUGAAAAAAUCCAAACUCCAGAAAGUCCAAUAAAUAAUCCAAAUGGGAAAAGCUUCAUAGAAAGGUUGAAAUUUUGGGGUGCAAGAGACCCAAGACAAAAAAACGUUUUUUUCCAAUCUAUUUGGAUACCAUUUUACCUUCUUCGAUACCCUGGUAUAAUUUUCGCUGGUUUUACAGUUGGAGCUGUUCUUUCGUGGUUUAACGUUCUUAAUGCAACCAUAUCAAGUGUGCUUUCUGGCUCUCCAUAUAACUUCUCACCAAACAUGAUUGGGGUAUUUUUUGCCUCUCCAUUCAUCGGAAUAGCUAUUGGUAGUUGGUUUUCUGGUAGCAUAGUUGAUAAAUUCACCAUAUUAAAAGCUCGUAACGGUAAAGGUAUGAGAGAACCAGAAACGAGAUUGUUUCUCUCAAUACUUCCAAUGUUAAUCCACCCCUUCGGUUGCUUCUUGUACGGUAUUGGAGCUGAAAAGGGAAUUCACUGGGUGGGUCUUGCCUUUGGUGCUGGAAUGAUUUGUUCAACAUUUCCAAUUGGAAGUGCUAUUGCAAUUAACUACAUUAUUGAUUGUUAUAAAGAGGUUUCCGGUGAUGGGCUCGUCACCAUGAUAUUGGUGAGAAACUCAAUGGGAUUUGGGUUUAGCUACGCUGUGACCCCCUGGCUAGUUGCUGUGGGAAUCCAAAACCUUUAUGUAGCCAUAGGCCUAAUCGGUAUGGCUAUCUGGGCAACCUCAUUUCUCAUGAUAAUCUUUGGAAAACGCUUCAGAAAAGCUUCUGCCAUAAGUUAUUGGAAUUUAAUUGACAAGUUCGGCCUCAAAGCACAUUAA